AUGAAUGUAUCUACGUCUUUGUAUAAUAAUUUAUCUUUAUCUAAACGAUUAGAACCAUGUUAUAUUUUACAACCUAUUGGAUAUUAUUUCUUAUUUAUUUGGAUUGUUGGUACCAGUUUAAAUGCUUAUGUACUAUAUAUGUUUAUACGACAUAAAAAUUUACGACAAUCAUCAACGAAUAUAUUUAUUUGUGGUUUAAUAUUAGCAAAUUUUAUUGAAGCUUGUUUCGACAUACCAUUACCAACUAUUGCACUUAUAGGAUGCAGAUGGAUUUUUACUUAUGUUGGUUGUGUAAUAGAUGCUAUAAUAGGUUAUUUUUCUGGUUGUUCAAAUAUGUAUAUGUUAUGUUUCAUUUCUAUUGAUAGAUAUCUUGUCGUGACAAGAUCACUUUCAACAUCAGUUAUAACAGUUAAACGUGCUUAUAUAAUUAUUAUAUGUGGCUAUUUGUUAGCUUUAUUUUGGACACUACUUCCAGUUAUUGGAUGGUCUAGUUAUGAUUAUGAAGGUGUUGGAGCAUCUUGUAGUAUAAAAUGGGAAGAACGAUCAUUGAAUGUAAUUAGUUAUAAUAUAACUAUUUUUAUAUUUGUUUAUCUAAUACCAGUUAUUAUUAUUAUAAUAACAAACAUAAGUACUUAUAAGGUGGUUCAUGAACAUCGACGUCGUACAAGUAUAAAUUUAGAUGAAUCUCAUUGUCAACGUCAAUAUUUAAUUGAACGUCGUGUAACAUUCACUAUUAUUCUUAUCAUAAGUGGUUAUAUGCUUGCUUGGACGCCAUAUGCAAUAAUGAGUUUUAUUUGUGCCUUUAUUGAUGCUGAAUAUUUUCCGCCUAUAUUUGGAACAAUACCAGCAUUAUUUGCUAAAACAAGUGUUGUAUGGAAUCCGUUAAUUUAUGUCGUACGUAAUGGAAAUAUUCGUCAUUAUCUCCCAUUUCGUAGAACUUCGCGUUCUAUAGAAAGAAGUAAAACUUCUGAUCCAACACGUUUCUCAAAUUAUCCAUUUUCUGCAGUUCAAUUACCAUUAACGUCAACAUUAGGUUCUCGUCAAGUUUAA